GCCCGUCCCCCCGCGGCCGCCGCAGCCGCAGCCGCUGCCUCCACCCGGGCGGGCGGCGCCCCUCCGGCCCCCGUCGCCUUCCCCCGCGCCCCCUCGUCCUCUCCCCGGAGCCCAUGAGGCUCCAGGGGGGGCUCUGACAGCGCCCACCGCUCGGCAGGGCCCCCUGCAUUCUCAGCAUCUCUCCUGAAGGGAUGGAGAACUCAUCGGUGGCAUCAGCCUCCUCGGAGGCAGGGAGCAGCCGCUCCCAGGAGAUUGAGGAGCUGGAGCGUUUCAUCGACAGCUACGUCCUGGAGUACCAGGUCCAGGGGCUGCUGACAGAUAAAACAGAGGGGGAUGGUGAGAGUGAGAAGACACAGUCCCACAUCUCACAGUGGACGGCAGACUGUAGCGAGCAGCUUGAUGGCAGCUGUUCCCCAUCCCAAGGGAAGGGCUCGUCGUCUCACGAACACAACCAGGAAGAGUGGGAUCACAGCAGCAGUGGGAGCACAGGAUCUCGGCCGGGGUCGGGCUCCAGGCGUGGGUCUGGAUCCAGGUCUGGCAGCCACGGGAGAAGCAGCCAGUUCAGGCAAUCAACCAAGAAUGGGAACAAGGAGAGCUCCCUUGACAUGCUGGGCACAGACAUCUGGGCUGCCAACACCUUUGACUCCUUCAGUGGUGCGACGUGGGACUUGCAGCCUGAAAAACUAGAUUUCACCCAAUUUCACAGGAAGCUGCGAAACACCUCCAAACACCCGUUGCCUCACAUAGACAGAGAAGGGCUUGGAAAAGGGAAAUAUGAGGAUGGUGACAGCAUCAACUUGAACGACAUAGAGAAGGUCCUUCCAGUGUGGCAGGGUUACCAUCAGUUGCCUCAUGAAGCUGAAAUCGCACACACCAAAAAACUGUUCAGAAGGAGGAGAAACGACCGGAGGCGACAGCAGAGACUUCCCAGUGGGAACAAGUCUCAGCAGCACACGGAUCAUCAGCAGGGUGGCACCAAACACAACAGGGACCACCAGAAACUCUACCAGGGAGGCCAAGCCCCUCACUCCUCAGGCAGGACGGGCCACCAUGGCUACAGCCAGAACCGGAGAUGGCACCACAAUCAGAAGCACUCACCCAACGACAAAGAAACGCACAGAAAUGCCAAAGAGACUGAGAAUUUGAAAAUUGAGGACAACUCAGUCUGCACAGUGCAUAUUCCUGCAGAAACACAUCGGAGCCCAGAGGCUGUGGAGAAGCAGUCUCAGCAGUACAUCCAGGAGUCAGAGACCAAGCGGAAAGACAGUAUUCACGAGCGCAUUGGGGAAAGACCCAAGAUCAAUUUGCUCCAGUCUUCCAAGGACAGGCUGCGGAGGAGACUAAAAGAAAAGAUGCCUUGUCUUUCCCUUUUCACGGACCAGGACGAAGUCACAGUGGAAAACACUAAUCCUGAAAAGAACAAAAUGGACAAAUUAAUUGAAAUCCUCAAUAGCAUGAGGAACAACAGCAGCGAUGUUGACUCCAAGCUCACCACCUUUAUGGAGGAAGCCCAGAACUCUACCAACUCUGAGGAGAUGCUGGGGGAGAUAGUCAAGACCAUCUACCAGAAAGCGGUGACGGACCGCAGCUUUGCUUCCACAGCAGCCAAGCUCUGUGACAAAAUGGCUCUCUUCAUGGUGGAAGGAACCAAAUUCCGAAGUCUGCUCCUCAACAUGUUGCAGAAGGAUUUCACCAUGCGGGAGGAGUUGCAGCAGCGGGACGUGGAGCGCUGGUUGGGCUUCAUCACCUUUCUCUGCGAAGUCUUCGGCACCAUGAGGAGCAGCACCGGAGAGCCCUUUCGAGUCCUUGUUUGCCCCAUCUAUACCUGCCUCAGGGAGUUGUUGCAAUCUCAGGAUGUGAAAGAAGAUGCUGUGCUUUGCUGCUCCAUGGAGCUGCAGAGCACCGGCCGGCUGCUGGAGGAGCAGCUGCCCGAGAUGAUGACGGAGCUGUUGGCGAUAGCACGAGACAAGAUGCUGUGUCCCUCCGAGUCCAUGCUGACGCGCUCCCUGCUGCUGGAGGUCAUCGAGCUGCAUGCCAACAACUGGAACCCGCUGACGCCCACCAUCACGCAGUACUACAACAAGACCAUCCAAAAACUGACGGCUUGAGGAGCAGGGCAAGGUGGGGUGGGAAGGGAUGAGAAGAAGACAUGCACCUUGACGGGAUCCGGCAAGCACUUUUCCGAUUUAAAUCCCCCAGCAGACCAAACCCCAGCAUGCUCGAGAAUACGUUCGUGGGGCGGGGAGGGAGAAGCAUGUUUCUUUUUCAGCCGCGUCGCCAAGUGCCACCCCUCUUCCCUGCUGUGGUUUUGUUUUAGGGGUUUCUUUUUCUGAACUCAUUGCUCAAGCGGCAGCAAUGCAUCCUGCCGGGUUAUUGUUUGGCUUUCGAAAGAAGACGGAGGAGAAAAAAAAAACCCAAUCCAAGUGGGGGCUAGUAUUGUUUUCACAUCAUCCUCCUGCUUUGCCCCAGCCAACUGGCAGGAGACAGCAGGCAGCAGAUGUCUCGGGAGGACAAAGCCAGACACACACUACACCAGACGCUCAUAACUGAUGGCUUUUGUCGAGCAGGGCUUGUGUUAGGUUUUUUUCUCCUCACCCCUCCUCUUGUCUUUGACUUUCUGUGUGCCCCUCCCUACUCACCACCCCUUCAAAAGCAGAUCGGAGAGGGAGACGACUUUCUUAUUUGCACUGGGUUUUCUUUUUCUCGGGCGUUUGUAUUUUCUUCUUAUUUUAUUGUGUUGUGGAACAGACAAUUGCGAGCAGCUCAGAGAAAGUAACGUCUUCCCGUGAGCUGACUAAUGGUUUACAUGAAGAUGGAGAAGCAGAAGGAUUAUUUUAAAGGAGUCCAAAAGCCACUGCAGAAUUAAUGUAGCCACCGUCAUCUUGCCAGUAACCUCCUCAGUGGUUUGAGAAUCAUGUCUUCUGAGCUGCAUGUUCUAAGAAACAGGGGAUUCCGCAGCUCUUGCUGUUCAAGUUGCCGUUAUCCCUCAGCCACUAGAACUCUUUUAUUUUUUUUUGUGUUAUAAUCUUUUUUGUUUCCAUUGAAGGAGUGCUUUACUGUAAUUACUGUCAUGGUUGUAAUUAUACAUUUAAAUCCAGGCCUGUUAAAGCUGGGCCUAAUAAUGUAGAAGGUGAGGGAGAAAUGAAGAUUUGAUGUUCUUCUUCGGAGAUUAGUAAAGAGAAGAAAAUAUGUGUAUAGCAAAGAGGUGUUAAAAAGAAGGUGAAAAAGUAGGAAAAGCCAAAAAUAGAGGUUUUGAGCCUGGCUUCUAACUAGCUGAAUUUGCUAUUCAGUGUUUCUAGGUGUGUGGUAUACAAGAGUGGCUCUGUCCCAUGGUUGGUGUCAGUAGCACCAUGUCCUCCAGGGAUGGGUGAAGUGUUUGGAGGGGGAGAGUUUACUUGGGGAUCCCUGGGUUGCUCCAGGAUCCCUGGGUUGCUCCAUGCUGGAGCAUCCCAAGGGAAAGGGUGGCUGCAGGGAGGUGAUGGCAAGGUGCCUCCUGGACAAGGAAAUGCCCAGAGGGUGAGGAGGCUGGUACAGGGGGGCAUGCCAUGCCAUUGCGUCACUCCCAGAAUCAGGAACAAGACUUGGUGGUCUUUCUAUUUGCUUGUCGAGGAAUGCUUUGACUUAAUGAAUCACUUCAAGUGUUUAUUUCGGCGAAGCCUAAUGUGUUUGCGAGCUGCCCUAUCCUGUCUGCACAGUGGAAGAGGAGUCAAAGAAGGCAUGAUGCUGGCAGCCUGUCCCAUUUUCUUCCCAUUAUUCAAUUUGUUUCCCUUUCCCAGUGAUAAGAAGAGAAUUUAUGCCACGGCACCGGCUCACACAGACCCUGGGCCAGGCAGGCUGGGUCUGAACUCAGCAGCUCAAACCCUUUUUUCCAGGCAAGAUGUUGAAUUUCUGGUGGCUUGAAGAGAAGAGGGAUUUCAUCCUGACCUCCUUGGAUGUGUGGUAUGUUCUCGGGUGCCUUAUGAAUGUGUUGGUCUGUCUGUGAUGGGGAGAAAGCUUUUGCUGCAAAACUUAAAGAGCAGAGAUUUUCAGCAGAAAAUGCUUUGCAGAAGGCAAGAAUCCUGAUGCUGCGGUUCAAUAUUAUUUGGAUUCUCAUGGAGCAAGAGGAGAGAGCUGGAAACAGGAGCUUUAAUUUUCCUGUCUACUCAGAAAGCAGCGGAACUAUUGCUGGUUGCUCUGGACUUGUCUGGAAAAAACUAAUUUCUGCUUCAUGGAUUUGAGCUCAGGAGCUUUGCAUGGUGACGGUGCCUUGCAUUCAGCCAGCUUCAUUAGUGGCAAUGGGGUUUGAUAGUAUUAAUGAGCAACUGAACUUGAUUAAAGCAGCAGAGCUCACCACUGUUACAAGGCUGAGGGUUUUACCCAUUGCUCUUGGCUUUUCCCACUCCCCGAUUCCUCAGGGAGUGGAGAAGAAGGGGAUUUAACACCCAUCGCAGCACACCCAGGCACAGCAUCAGUUUCCUGGGAGAAGACCUGAAAACUAGUUUUGUCUUGAUAUUUUUUUUUUUUUUCGAAGAACAGCGAAGUCCUAAAAUGGGGGCUCAGCCUGAUGGGUCAAGGUGCCAGGGAUCCUGCCGGCAGUGAUCCAUACCACCGCUCCAGUCCCCGCAGCCUCUCCCGUCCCCUUCCCCCAGAAUUUAUUCUUGGGAUGUAGUGAAAGGACUGAAAACAAACAAAAAA